CGCUACUGCUGCUGUGUUCAGUCUCCACCCGGACUCCGCCAUGUUGGGUCUUGUGGGUCGUGUGGCCGCAGCCUCGGCCUCCGGGGCCUUGCGGGGACUCAGCCCCUCAGCGCCGUUACCCCAAGCCCAGCUCUUACUGCGGGCCGCCCCGGCAGUGCUCCAGCCUGCCAGAGACUAUGCCGCCCAGACGUCCCCGGCGCCUAAGCCAGGCGCCGCCACCGGGCGGAUCGUGGCCGUCAUCGGUGCGGUGGUGGACGUCCAGUUCGACGAGGGACUGCCGCCCAUCCUGAACGCCCUGGAAGUGCAAGGCCGGGAGACCAGGCUGGUGUUGGAGGUGGCCCAGCACCUGGGUGAGAGCACUGUAAGGACCAUUGCCAUGGAUGGUACAGAAGGCUUGGUUAGAGGCCAGAAAGUCCUGGAUUCUGGUGCACCCAUCAGAAUUCCCGUUGGUCCUGAGACCUUGGGCCGAAUUAUGAAUGUCAUUGGAGAACCUAUUGAUGAGAGAGGCCCCAUCAAAACCAAACAAUUUGCUGCUAUUCAUGCUGAGGCUCCUGAGUUCGUUGAGAUGAGUGUUGAGCAGGAAAUUUUGGUUACUGGUAUCAAGGUUGUGGAUCUCCUGGCUCCCUAUGCCAAGGGUGGCAAAAUUGGGCUCUUUGGUGGUGCAGGAGUUGGCAAGACUGUACUGAUCAUGGAGUUAAUCAACAACGUUGCCAAAGCCCAUGGUGGUUAUUCUGUGUUUGCUGGUGUUGGUGAGAGAACACGAGAGGGCAAUGACUUAUACCAUGAAAUGAUUGAGUCUGGUGUUAUCAACUUAAAAGAUGCUACCUCCAAGGUCGCACUGGUGUACGGUCAAAUGAAUGAACCACCUGGUGCUCGUGCCCGGGUCGCUCUGACUGGACUGACUGUGGCUGAAUACUUCAGAGACCAAGAAGGCCAAGAUGUACUGCUGUUUAUCGAUAACAUCUUCCGCUUCACCCAGGCUGGCUCAGAGGUGUCUGCUUUAUUGGGCAGAAUCCCUUCUGCUGUAGGCUACCAGCCUACCCUGGCUACUGAUAUGGGUACCAUGCAGGAAAGAAUCACCACUACCAAGAAGGGAUCUAUCACUUCUGUACAGGCUAUCUAUGUGCCUGCCGAUGACUUGACUGACCCUGCCCCUGCCACUACCUUUGCCCAUUUGGAUGCUACCACAGUGUUGUCCCGUGCUAUUGCUGAACUGGGCAUCUACCCAGCUGUGGAUCCUCUAGAUUCCACCUCUCGCAUCAUGGAUCCCAACAUUGUUGGCAACGAGCAUUAUGAUGUUGCCCGUGGGGUGCAAAAGAUCCUACAGGUGAGUAUUAUUGCAGGUGAGAUUAGUGUCCAUAAAAUCAUACAGAGGGAAUUAAGGGACUGUAUUAGGAUCAGGUCUUCCCUGGUGACUUCUAUGCUUUGCUUUAGAGCAAGGAAAAAUGAGACAGACAGUUUCUAG